AAAAGUGUAAAUGACGCCCCCUAACUAACCUUAUAAAGUGACGCCAUACCAUUUUUGUUGAUACCGACGUGAAAAGCCGUCUUCUGUUUAAUUUUGUACAUAGCAUUAAUUUUAAGAAUGGGCGUUACAGUCGAAACUAUCACUCCUGGAGACGGGUACACUUUCCCGAAGCCUGGUCAAAUGGUGGUAGUCCAUUACACCGGCACCCUCACAAAUGGUACCAAAUUCGAUUCAUCCAGAGAUAGAAAGACCCCAUUCAAAUUCCACAUAGGCAAGGGGGAAGUCAUCAAAGGCUGGGACGAAGGAGUUGCACAAUUGAGCGUCGGCCAAAGAGCCAAGUUGACCUGCUCUCCCGAUUAUGCGUAUGGUUCCCGUGGACACCCAGGAAUCAUCCCCCCCAAUUCAACAUUGAUUUUUGAUGUUGAAUUACUCGAAAUCGAGUAAAUUAGAAGAGUAUUAAUCAUAGAAAUAUUAUUAAGUUAUUGAACAUUCAAGCAGAUGCAUUUAGAGCAUUCUUUUUAUAAUUUGUCUGUAAUUUUCGAUCAUUAAUUUAAAUUCUAGGUACACAGCUUUUCUGAAUAUUUAUAGUUCAGUUAUAGGUGUUGUGGAGUCCCAAUAAAAAUGUCAGUGUCUUUA